GGGAAAUACAACUGACGUUACAAUUUUGAUAAGACGUUCCAAAUUUAAUCACCAUUUACAUAGCAAUACAACAUGAACAUGUAUUUCAAACUCAUCACCAAGCCGGAAUAAUUCGAUAUAAACAUAAAUAAAGCAAUGGUCGAUUUUCGAAAUGAUUAUCUAUCCCUUAAUGUGCCUUCUGUGGAUUCAUCCGGUGAUAAACGAAGAAAAAUACACUUAAAAAGGAGCUGGAACCAGCUAUCGAAAUGCCAGAAAACCACCCUGUUAUGUUGCGUUCUAAUGAUAAUAUUCGGCAUUUUGAACUUCCUCAAUCAAAAAGACGAAGCCCUGGUGCUCGCCAACACAAACGAACAACUAGAAAGCAAAUACGCCGUUAAGAACUUCAUAGAAGCCCCCAAAUUGGUAGAAGACGCUUUAGAGCAUGUAGAACUAAAAAAAGAUGUAGAAUUAGAAAGCAAAAGUCUAAGAAACAACGUAGAAAACAACCACGUUGCUAUAAAAGGGGAUAGCAAAUUUUUAGGCCCCACGACCGACAAGCAAAAGGCCGUGGUGAAGGCUUUCAAGCACGCUUGGAAGGGGUACAAGAAGUUCGCUUGGGGUCACGAUCACCUCAAGCCCAUUUCCGAGACCUACAACGAUUGGUUCGGAUUGGGCCUAACGAUCGUAGACUCGCUGGAUACGAUGUUCAUAAUGGGCCUCAAAGACGAAUACAACGAGGGCAGAGAUUGGGUCGAGAAGCACCUGAAUUUCGAUAUCAAUCGAGACGUGAAUCUGUUCGAAGUAACCAUCCGUGUUUUAGGCGGAUUACUUAGUAUAUACCACUUUAGUAAGGAUGAUAUGUUCUUAAAGAAGGCGACUGAACUGGCGGAUAGGCUGUUACCGUGCUUCGGUUCCGAAUCAGGCAUUCCGUACUCCGAUAUAAAUUUAUUCACGAGGAAACCGCACGCGCCCAAAUGGUCGCCGGAUAGCAGCACGUCGGAAGUAACUACUAUACAAUUAGAAUUUAGAGACUUAAGUAGAGUAACGGGGAAUCCCAAAUACGAAGAAGCCGUGUAUAACGUAUCUAGGUUAAUUCACAAGUUAGAGAAAAAAGACGGGCUGGUGCCGAUUUUUAUUAACGCCAACACCGGCCAGUUUAGAUCCUACGCCACCAUAACCAUUGGUGCUCGAGGUGAUAGUUAUUACGAGUACCUGCUUAAGCAAUGGGUGCAGACCGGCAAAAUGCUAGAUUCCUUAAAAGACGAUUACUUGGAGAGCAUUCGAGGAAUAGAGAAACACCUGUUGAGAAAAACCGAGCCGAACGGCUACGUAUUCAUCGGCGAAUUAUUGGCGGGCGGUAAAGAAUUCAAACCGAAAAUGGACCAUCUCACCUGCUAUUUACCCGGAACGUUGGCUCUAGGAGUUCACAACGGUUUACCCAACGAGCAUUGGACCUUGGCGCUCGAUCUUCUAAACACCUGUUAUCAAACGUACGCCCAACAACCCACCUUCUUGGCGCCGGAAAUCACCUACUUUAAUAUACAGUCGGAGAACACAAAGCCGAAGGACAUGUACGUGAAAUCGAACGACGCGCACAACCUCCUGCGACCGGAGUUCAUCGAGAGCUUGUGGUACAUGUACCAGUUGACGGGCAACGCGACUUACCAGGAUUGGGGCUGGCGGAUAUUCCGGGGGUUCGAGAACUACACGCGGGUGCUGAACGGGUACACGUCGAUCGGUAACGUGAAGAACGCGGCGAACGUUCGACCGAAGGACAUGAUGGAGUCGUUCUUCCUGUCGGAGACGCUCAAGUAUCUGUACUUGCUGUUCAGCGACGAUCCCAAAUUGCUGGACUUGGACAAGUUCGUGGUCAAUUCCGAAGCGCAUCCACUGCCGAUUUACUUAAAUUGAUGUGUAACUUUCCUUUGAAAUCUAGUCCUUUUGAAUGAUUUUUUUUUUGUAAUAUAUUUUGAACGUGUUUUAUUUUAAUCGUACUAUCAUUUGGGACGCGUUGCUGAGGAGGAUAAUAGCAUCAAUACCGUUUAAAAUGCAGUGAAAACUACCGG